AUGGCGGUGGCAGGAGGGCUGCGGCACACAGGGAGCCGCAGGGACCUGUUCGAGGAGGAGUUGACGACUAAUGCGGUGAACCGGCUGAACAGAAUGCGCGGCGCGAGCCGCAUCCGGCUGCACGACGUGAGGGCGCCGGCGGUGCUGGAGGGGUGCAUCAUGAAGGACCUGACCGAGUUCAUUUUCCAGACCUUCGACAAGAACGGGUCCGGCAGGAUCGAGGGCGACGAGCUCAUCGUCGCGAUGCGCAGCCUCGGCCUCAUCAUCGAGGAGGAGCAGGUCGACGAGAUCCUCGCGCAAUAUGACCGCGACAGGGACGGGAGCUUCGACCUGAACGAGUUCACGAAGAUAGUGGAGUCCUUCGUGGUCAAGAUGCACGACGCCAAGUUCGAGGAGAAGCUGCAGAAGGCCUUCAACGUCCUGGACAAGGACAACUCCGGGUUCCUCGACCGCGCCGAGCUGGAGCAGAUCCUGGUCGUCAAGGGCCGCCCGCACAGCCGCCUGAAGCCCGAGGCCGCGCAGGCGCUGCUCGCCGAGUUCGAUUCCAACCUGGACGGGAAGAUCAGCGUCGACGAGUUGACGCGGCUCAUGCUGCACGGGCACCUCGUGGGGUUCAUGAAGGAGAUGCACGCGCAGGGCAAGACGCUGACCAAGGCCGUUGCGCCCGAAGAGGCCAAGGCGGCCGCGACCGCGGACGGCAACGCGCCCGCGCCAAUCGAGGAGGGCGACGGGGAGGGCGAGGGCGAGGGCGAGGGCGGGGAGGAGGAGUGA